GAGACACGAGGAUGAGGCUGGAGAUGCCACAGUCCACUUCCACUGUUGUGCUGUUCACUUCUUGUGUGACGUCACACCUCACCACCUUGUCUUCCUGCACAAAAACACAUGAUUGACAGCUGCAGCAUGGGGCGUGUUACAUUCAAACCAAUCAGCGGCGAUGUCACGGUUCACUCACGUUAUGCAGCACCUUGAUGUAGUGAAUGUCGUCUGGGAAACGCAGCAUGAGGCGAGGCAGAAAGGCGUCGUCUCCCGCGACAACCAGUGACGUGUUCAACAUGAAGGAGCGUCCAGAACCCAAAGCAAAGUACUGAUGCUGUCUGAACACACACACAACCACAAUCAUUGACUCACAGUGGCUGUACAGUCAUCUCUCGUUUAUCACAGUUAAUUGGUAGACUGUGAUAAGUGAAUUUCCACAAAAUAGGAUUCAAUAUUAAUUAAUUGAAUGACAAUUAAUUAAUUUAAUAUUUUCAUAGUUAGAGCAUAGAAAACAUUGUAAAUAUGUUUUUUAUAACCAUUAUUAGGGGCGGCACCAGGGUCGAGUGGUUAGCGCGCAGGAGACAGCUAGGAGACCAGGGUUAAAUUCCACCCUCGGCCAUCUCUGUGUGGAGUUUGCAUGUUCUCCCCGUGCAUGCGUGGGUUUUCUCCGGGUACUCCGGUUUCCUCCCACAUUCCAAAAACAUGUUAGGUUAAUUGGCGACUCCAAAUUGUCCAUAGGUAUGAAUGUGAGUGUGAAUGGUUGUUUGUCUAUAUGUGCCCUGUGAUUGGCUGGCCACCAGUCCAGGGUGUACCCCGCCUCUCGCCCAAAGACAGCUGGGAUAGGCUCCAGCACCCCCGCGACCCUUGUGAGGAAAAAGCGGUAGAAAAUGAAUGAAUGAAAUGAAUGAAUAACCAUUAUUAGAGCCCCGCAGACAUGAAAUAACACCCCAUCAUCACCUCUACAGUUGUAUUCCCUAAUAUAGUAGACAUAGUAAUCGAAAAUAAGCCAUCUUAGACAUCAAUAAGAUAAGAUGGACUCAUUUGUUAGCACUUACAGCAUACGUUCUGAUAUCUAUUGUGUCAUCAUUGUAAUAUUACUGACACAUAAAGACUAGUGUAGAAUGCUGCUGUACUGCUGCUGUUUGUGGUUAAGAUUUACAAUGCACUUCAGUCACAUAAUUAACAAGCUGAGAACACAUGAACAUUAACACAGGAGCUGCUGUCAGCUACUCUCUACUAGCAGUCAACGCUAUCUAGCUGACGUCACGCAGGCCACUUCCUAGGCCCCGCUUUUUAGCGCACAUAAAUCACAGAUAUGCUUGAAAAUGCUUAACAUAGGCCAUGAAUAUAAACAAUGUGCUUAAAUGUGCAUUGUUUAAAACAAAUUAUAGAACAUAUUCAAUCAUGAAACAGCGAUCAUUUAUUAAUACAUUUUUUAAAGGGGACCUAUAAAUGACCCAUAAAUGUAGUUAGAAUGUUGUAUUCUCCUGUUAUACGUUGCCAAAGUUUCAGAUAAUGAGGUUUGUGCAUUUGGAAGUGAGCCCUGAAAGAAGUUUGGGAUGGCUCAAAACGCUCUGUUUCAAAAAGCGUGGUAAAACAGGCCCUUUUGUGAUGUCACAGAGGAGUGGACUUCUUUAUAUGGUUGUGUAAACCAGAUAAGCUCUCUGCCUGAUUACAUAAGCUCUGCUACUGUGUUUAUGAAACAAGCUCAGGCAGAAGUUAUUGUAUUUGGUGAUUCUCAGCAGCAUCAAGAGAAAAAUAUUUUAAUAUGUCAACAGGGACUGGCUGAUUCACACAAGACUGUUUUUGUGAACAUGAAUGUGAAAUAUCCGCCAAACUGUUGCUGGAGCCAGAAGCAUCGCGCUCUCCCUGGGAAAGGUGCAUGAAUUUCAGACACGCCGCCCACACAUCUGGCUUCUCCUGACCUCCAUCCCACCAACGGCUCUGACAAAGCGUGUCCCACAAUGAGCACUAUCCCUCGGGCAGGCGAGGUUGCCACAUGUCCGGCUUCUUUUGAGCUCCAAUGCUCCAGCGGUGCUAUGUUAACCCCUCUGAUUUCCUACAUGGUAAGUCAGGGGUCUACAGCUGCCAGUAGCUCCUAAACACUUUUCAGUUAGCUCUCCAAAUACUUUAUUCAUUUAUUAUCACAUACGUACUACAGUAUUAAUUGGCCCUGUACCCUAGAAACCGCCCAUGAAUGAUACGGGAAAAGGCCGAAAUGAUACUGUGUCAAAGCCCAGGGCAGUGAUACUGAUAAAAUAUAGAGUUUAACCAUGUCCAGUAUCAGCCCCCGUAGCUGUCCACUCAGAGCGCCUCUGGUAUCGUGCCCGUGAAACAACCAAUCAGAGAACAGCGCACGAGCGUGAACACACAGCGUUUGUUUUGCUGCCGUCUGUGCUCUGUCAACGUGAAAUGGGCUCCUGGGCUUAACUUUCUAAACUCUGCGCAUGUGACAGGAAAUGUCACUGUAACUAUAAAUAUUCCUAGUGCUUCUCCAGUCACCAAAAAACCCAAACUUGAUUAAUGGAACUUUAAUUGUCAGACAUUGAUAAGAUAAGACUGUUGAUAAAAUAUUAUUGUUGAAAUAUUUUUGCAAUUAUUGUGUUUACACUGUUUAGAUAUAAUACAUGUAAUAAACUGAACAUUUUCUGGAAACAAAAUGGUCUUUUGAUUAAAUAGUACGUGAUAAUAAGCUCAUGAUUAAAUAGUAUGUGAUAAUAAGAUCAUCACAUGGUUUGACUGGUAUCAGGCCCAGUAUCAUAUAAUUAUCAACCCUAUACCCACUAAAGUGGGGUUCCUUCAUAGUUAGGAAGCACUUUGGGCUUGUGAACAAUCCCAGUGGGGUGGGCGUGCCUGGAGGCGGGCCAUAGGUGGAAUAAAUUAAAACAGACCGUUUUGGCGGGAAGCACAAAUCCAAGGAAAUACAACUCAAUACAAAGGGUGGAAAAAUUUGCAUAAUAGGUCCCCUUUAAAAACCUGAUCAAGUGAGGGAGCGAUGUUCAAUCAACUGACUGACUAGCAAGCCUAUUGGAUGCAAUGGCAGGACCAGCGAUGUGGCCCAGGCAUGUGUCCCUGUUUCAGAGUCCUCGUCCCAUCCAGAUUGUUCUGUUGCUACUCCUUGUCACCCUGCUGGGGGUUGGCUGUGCAGCCAGUCAAGACUACUAUGACCUGUUGGGGGUCAGCAGGGAAGCCACCACCAGGGAGAUCCGACAGGCCUUUAAGAAAUUAGCACUCACCAUGCACCCCGACAAGAACCCGGGGGACACGUCGGCCCAUGAGAAGUUUCUGCAGGUGAACCGAGCUUAUGAGGUUCUGAAGGAUGAGGACCUAAGAAAGAAAUAUGAUAAAUAUGGAGAGAAGGGAUUGGAUGAGCAGCAGGGAGGACGCUACGAGAGCUGGAACUACUACCGCUACGACUUUGGAAUUUAUGAUGAUGACUUGGAGAUCAUCACUCUGGACAGCGGAGACUUUGAGGCUGCGGUGAACUCAGGAGAGAUCUGGUUCAUCAACUUUUAUUUCCCGCGGUGUUCACAUUGUCACCAGCUUGCUCCAACGUGGAGAGAGUUUGCUAAGGAGAUGGACGGUGUGAUCAGGAUCGGGGCGGUGAACUGUGGUGACAACAACCACCUGUGUAGAAGGAAAGGCAUCAAUAGCUACCCCAGUCUCUAUGUAUUUAGAGCAGGACAGAAACCUGAGAAGUUCAGUGGCGAGCGUGCAAAAGACAACCUGGUGAGCUUUUGCAUGCAAUUCAUCAAGACCAGCGUCACUCAGCUGUGGCAAGGUAAUGUGUUCAGCGAGAUAGAGAGCGCUUUCGCGUCAGGGCUGGGCUGGCUCAUCACUUUCUGCUCAGACAUAGGAGAUUGUCUGGAGCCAAGAACCAGACAGAAACUGGCUUCAAUGUUGGAUGGUCUGGUGAAGGUGGGCUGGAUGGACUGCAGCACACAAGAACAACUCUGUGAGAGUUUCCAGGUAACCAGUGGAGCCACUGGUUUGUUCCCACCAGGAAGUGCUCUGAAUCAGCAAGGAAGUGUCCUGUGGCUCAGCACUCUGGACAGCAGAGAGAUUUACACUCAGGUCAUCAAUCAUCUUCCUGACCUGGAGCUGCUCACCGCUGACACCUUCCAUAGUAAGCUGGCCCGGCAUCGCUGGUUGGUCAGUUUUACAUUUGGAGACAGAAGCCUUGCCUCCAACGAGUACAAGAAGCUCAAGGCUUUCCUCCGCAAUGACCACAUACAAGUGGGCAGAGUGGACUGCAUUGCUGACUCACAAUUGUGUCAGUCUCUCUACGUCCAUAAAGCCUGCGUGGCUGUCUUCAAAGGCCUGGGAGUCCAUGACUUUGAGAUCCACCACGGCAAGGAUGUGCUCUACAACAUUGUAGCUUUUGCCCGGGACAGCGUCCGCGCUCAUGUGACCACUCUGAGGCCAGACAACUUCCCCUCGGACAGGAAGGAGCCCUGGCUGGUUGACUUCUUUGCUCCUUGGUGUCCUCCGUGUCGAGCUCUACUUCCCGAAUUGAGAAAAGCCUCGAUUCAGCUGGCAGGACAGAUGAAGUUUGGUACUUUGGACUGUACCAUCCACCAGAACCUCUGCUCUAUGUACAACAUACAAGCUUAUCCCACCACUGUCAUCUUCAAUGGCUCAUCUGUUCAUGAAUAUGAAGGGCAGCACUCUGCUGAUGGCAUCCUGGAAUUCAUACAGGACUUGGUCAAUCCAUCUGUGGUGGUUCUAGAUCCUUCAAGCUUCUCAGUCAAAGUGCAAGGUCGAGAAGAAGGGCAGAUCUGGGCAGUAGAUUUCUAUGCUCCAUGGUGUGGUCCAUGUCAGGCUCUGCUGCCAGAGUGGAGGCGCAUGGCACGGAUGUUGAUGGGACAGGUUCUGGUUGGCUCUGUGGACUGUCAGCGCCAUCAGUCGUUCUGCCAGAGUCAGCAUGUGCGAGCAUAUCCUGAAAUUCGUUUGUACCCGGGGAGUACCAAGAAACCUGGUCUCUACAACAGUUACAACGGCUGGCACAGAGAUGCACACUCAUUGAGAUCGUGGGCCCUCAGCGCGCUACCCAGAGCAUCUGUCGAUCUGACUCCAGACUCCUUCAGAUCUCUGGUUUUGAAAGGUCAAGACCACUGGGUUUUGGACUUUUACGCCCCGUGGUGUGGACCCUGUCAACACUUCGCCCCGGAGUUUGAAAGUUUGGCUCGGGUCUUGAAAGGGGAGGUCCGGGCUGGCAAGAUUGACUGUCAGGCUCACUAUCAGAGCUGUCAAUCAGCUGGAAUCAGCGCCUACCCCACGGUCCGCUUCUACCCAUACCAGCACGGCAAAAGGACUGCACAAAGUGGAGAAGGCAUCAACAGUCGGGACGCUAACGUGAUCGCAGACACCAUCAGGCAGCGGCUGCAACAGUUGUCAUUGCAGUUACACAAUAAACUGAAGGAUGAACUUUGAGGAGGCGUGGCCAAGUCCCUAAUGGGCAAGGAUAGUGCUGCACAAAGGGGACAAAGGGGUUUGGACCUGCUAACACUCUGAGACAGACGCAGCACUGAUGACCAACUGGACACUUGUUAUCGGCUACUUCUGCCUUGCUUUCUUUAGCUUUGUUUUAAUUGGUCUCUGUGGUUUGUAUUUACUCUGUGAGGUAAAACUGUGAGACACUACUGUUACUGACGCAUACACACCAUACACACCAUACAAUUGAUAUUCUUGAAUGUAAAAAAAAUAAAAUAAAAAUACUCACAAUA